AAAAAAGGAAUAAACAAGAGAGAGAGAAUAGAAUUGUUCCUCCAAUUUUUUAUAUUUUUUUAACUCGGAGGCUCUGAGAAACCAAAGCUUCACUCUGAUUCGCAAAGCGAAUCCAAGAGCACGGCAUAGAUAAACCCGAAGAACAGAAACAAAGCUCAGAGUCUUUCUUGUAAAUUUUGAUUAUUUAUUCUCUCUCACUUCAAUCCAAUCUCCAGAUGGAACGAUGAACAGAUCAGGAUCGAAGAAGGUUUCGCUGUUUUGAGUUUCCGGGUUUGAUUCUUUCUCCUCUUUUAGUGAAAUUGAGUUGGAAUCUGGAGAUCUAGAUCUCGAAAGCUGCAAACUUUCCGUGUUCUUGAUUAGGGUAUUAGCCGAAUCUCAAAUCUGAAUCCAUUUCUUGUCAUUUAGAUUCCAAAGUCGAAGACUUUAUAAUCUGAGAUUCCGAAGUAGAGACAUGUUGGAAGAAGAACGAUCACCAGAUUCGUGUUUGAGUUCAAGGGUCUUCUCCGAAUCAACCUGGUCCAUGUUUCCACAGGAUGGCAAUGGCAAUGGCAAAAGAGGUUUGGAGGAGGUUGUUGUUGGUGAGAUCAGAGUCAGACCCACCAAGUCACUUAAGCUAAUGGGGUUUUCGAUUCAGUACGAUAGCGAUUCUUCUGACUACUCAGUAACGAGCCAGGAGCAGCAAGAACAACAGUCUGAUGAUUCUAACAACAACAACAACAACGGUGGUGAUUCACUUUCUCUUUUCAACGAGAUUGGUCGUGACAACAUCAUCGACUGUCUGAUCCGCUGCUCGCGGUCUGACUACGGCUCCAUCGCUUCUUUGAAUAGGAACUUUCGUUCUCUGGUGAAGAGCGGAGAUGUUUAUAGAGUGAGGAGACAGAGCGGGUUUGUGGAGCAUUGGGUUUACUUCUCUUGCCAGCCCUUGGAAUGGGUUGCGUUCGACCCCGUGGCUAGGAGGUGGAUGCAGUUGCCGACGAUGCCUUCCAGCGUCACCUUCAUGGGUGCAGAUAAAGAGUCUUUAGCCGUUGGGACCGAUCUUCUCGUCUUGGGGCAAGCGGGUUUCUCUUCUUAUGUUAUAUACAGAUACAGCCUUUUAACUAACUCUUGGUCUUCUGGUAUGGAGAUGAACGCUCCGAGGUGCUUGUUCGGUUCCGCGAGCCUCGGAGAGAUCGCUAUUUUUGCCGGCGGGAUUGAUUCUCAGAGGAAGAUUCUCGACUUCGCUGAGAUGUUUAACUCCGAGCUUCAGACCUGGACGACUCUUCCGAGGAUGAACAAGCCGAGGAAGAUGUGUUCAGGUGUUUUCAUGGACGGGAAGUUUUAUGUGAUCGGUGGGAUAGGUGGGGAUGAGUCCAAGCUCUUGACUUGCGGUGAAGAGUAUGACUUGGAGACCAAGAAAUGGACUCACAUCCCUGACUUGUCGCCUCCGAGGAGCCGUGCUGAUAUGUCGUCAGCGAACGACGCGCCUCCUCUUGUUGCUGUUGUGAAUAACCAACUGUAUGCUGCUGAUCACGCGGAUAUGGAAGUGAGGAAGUAUGAUAAGGAGAAGAAGAGAUGGUUGACCGUUGGGAGGUUGCCUGAGAGAGCUGGCUCGGUUAAUGGAUGGGGGCUUGCUUUUAGAGCUUGUGGGGAGAGGUUGAUCGUUAUAGGUGGGCCGAGGAACUCGGGAGGUGGGUUUAUAGAGCUGAACUCUUGGAUACCUAGCGACGGUGGUGGUCCACCACAGUGGACGUUGCUUGAUAGGAAACAUUCUCCUAACUUUGUGUACAAUUGCGCAGUGAUGGGUUGCUGAAAGCAGCACACAUUCUAUAAUACUACUCUCCACUGAAGGUUCCAAGCUCCAACCUUUUAUGCUGCUGCUUAUUCUUGUUUCCAUAUUUUUGUUUUUUCUUAACAAUUUUUUUUUCAAUUUGAAUACAACUAUCUCUGUGUUGUUAGAACAAGUUUCAAAGAAGGAAAGAAAAGAAAAAAACUGAAACAGGUUACAAUAAGUUGGUUGAAAAGGUUGAAGCUUUUUUAGAGGUUGUCAUAUGUGGUUAACAUUGUUGUAUGUGUUUUAAUCUAUUGUUCUUUUUUUAUAAUAAUCUACUUUUGAAUCUU